GCCAAACUUGCGGGCCUCUCGAACAGCACUUCGACUUCAACCUAGACAAAGCCCCUGCAACGGAGGGCACUGUGCACAAUCGCUUCGCACUCAGCGCGAAAGGCUUCCGAUUGGUGCUGUGAGCAUAUACCCCUGAGAGCAGGUGGCCUUGGCACAGCCCCCGCCACCGCACUGUGCGAUGAGCCUUUCAUUGGCUACUAAUCUCGUACGCUGAAGUAUAUCCUCGCGCGGAUAUGAUACCUGCCAAAACCCUUCCAAACCAGCCCAUUGAAAUCUCUACCUUCAACAUGCCAAAAGUCAGUACACCCGUCACCGGCACGACGGGACUUCCAUCUCGAAGGAAGGAAAGAAAGCCACGAGUGUUGAGUUACAGCAAAUGCCGGUUCUGCAGAGAUCCAAAGGUCAAAAGCAAGUGCAUUUGGGACCAAGGCUCCUGGCCGAACAAAUGUCGAAGGUGUUUCGAGAAAAACCUCGUGUGCUCUCCUCCGCUUCACAAGGCUGAAGAACGCUGGGAAAGUUCCAGGGCUCGACCGCCCAAUUUGCCCGCUCUGAGUAUUUCCGAGGAGCCGAUCUUCGAUGGUUCUCUUGAGCAUCGAGCUGUCAGUACUGAUAUCAUCGAGGAAUCUACGGAACUCAACGAUAUUCGAAUUCUACAGCUCCUAGCCCUACGAUCUAUGAUCCUCAUGGCUCUGGAAGAUUACGUUGCCAUCUGUGAGUCGCUAUUAGAGCCCAUGAAGCACGAUCCAGUAUGGGAGCAGCAUGCGGAUGUCUUGUAUAGAGGAUGCUCGGCGUACGAACAAUUUGCUCGGGCCCUACAGAAUCGUAUUGAUUGUCUAGCGCCACACAGCAAGCUUGCCAUUAGCGCGGCCCUGGAUCUGGAACAUUUCUCUUGCGCCCCGAGACUUUUCCUUCGUUCUGGCGAGGAAGCUCGGGCGAAAUACCACCAAUACACUGAUUCAAUAAUAGAUGGAUAUCAUGGAGAAGGUCACCACGGCAUCGUCACUGUGCUUCUUAUGCGACAAUUUUUGAGAUUCGGCGUAAUUACCGAUCGACUACCAGUGUUUUUCGAAUGUCGGCGCAAUUUCAUGACGGACGUUGCCACCUUCAUGAGCAGCGAUGUAAUAGAGGAGGUUGCUUCACAAGAACAUAUCAGACUAUUAGAAGAUUCUCAGCUGUUUAUUCCUGGGACGCUGCUGAGGCAUCCACAAAUUAGACGGGACUACGAGGAUGUUGGCCUCAAAGAUUGCCUCGGACGAUCAGUGGCUCUCCGCAAGUACGAUGCUGGGAUCAUUGAAGAGCAACAAAACAUCAAUCAAGAUCCAUACGACUGUAUGGGGAGGACACUUUUACAUGCAGCUUGCGCAAGAGAUGACGACCACGUUAUUGACCCAUUGAUUACAAAGGGGUUGAUCUGCGCCACGAAAUCAGACUCCGGUCUUUCUCCACUCCAUAUCGCUGCCAUGAGGGCGCCAAAGACAUUUGAGAAGCUAUAUCUCUACUACAAGCAGUUAGAUGAUUUCAGCAUUCUUGUGUCAAAGGUUGAUGUAUGCGACCGAACCAUACUUGAAUGGGCUGCGAGUUGCGGACACAAUCAAAUCUUCCGGUUUCUCUUGAGUACGCAUAAUUUCCAGUGGUAUGAAGGCGAUUUCAUUGACCACGUUAAUGAAGUUGGGCUCUCCAAGGGAAUGGUCAUGACUCUGCUUGAACUGGUAUUGCACUAUAAUCACAGCAACAUUGUGGAAACCAUCAUGAGACAAGCUGGGGAUGAACUACUCAAAGACGACCAGGAUCGCACACCGUUGUGGUAUGCGGCGCACUAUAAGUGUUUCGAUGCAUGGCGUUUUCUGGUUUUCCAUUUUGAGGGGCAUGACAUCCAGCUUGAAAUACGCGAUAAACAACAACGAACGCCAUUGAUGGAGGCAGCCCGCAUGGGUUUUGAUCAGGGGCUCGAGUUCUUGCUUGGACGUCCAGCAUCAAUGAUAUCUGUUGGGAACCCAUGGCUAAGAGACCUCGCCGGUAAAACUGCGCUGGAGCUCGCUCAAGACAACGGUCAUGCAUAUUGCACACAACUACUAAUGGAUUGGGAGAGCGAUUAUAUCACCUGAAAAUCUACGAUGUUUUGCUGUGUAUGUUACACGUGGUACAAGUUG